GGCACACUUCAAAGUAAAGUAAACAAAAUAUCUUAUUGUUUGAUGAUAAAUGUAUUUAUUGAAAUUUAAAAUUAUUUUGAAUGAGAUAUGAAUUAGCGUUAUUCUACAAGAAUACUCAAUGAAACGUAACAAAAAUGAUGCCAUUAAAGCAGCCGUUGUAUCCUACCUAGAGCGCCGAAAUUAUCCGGAUGUCGAUGUAUUCAAUACCAGUAAAUCCGUAAGCCGUAGUGCCGAGGAAAUGGCAGUUGCUACCAUUGUUCAGAGUGAGUCCAGUAGAGCAAACUCUAUAUUAUUUUCCUGUAUAAACAAUGACCCAGGGCAGUAUGACAUACAAUAUUCAAGGCUAUUCAAUUUCAUAAAAGAUAUCAAGGUAGAAAAAAUAAAAAAUGAACUCCUAGGAUUGGUAACCCCAUUAUUAUGCCAUCUUUAUUUGGAAAUGUUAAGAGGUGGGCAUGGUGGCCCCGCCCAAAUGUUUCUGAAAAGGCACUCUGCAACACUACCACAAAAAGAUUUAUCAUAUCAUCAACCUAUAGAUGGGAAUCUACCGUCUGCCCUAUACCGGCCUAAUAGCUUAGAGCAGUUAUUUAAUUCUCUACAGAAUGGUACGAUUGAUAAUGAGACUCCAGAAAAAGAUUACAUGAAUCAGUUGCUAGAUGAUAUUGGAACAGUAUACACACUCCAGGAAAUUGAAUCUCGUCCAACUAUUGCAGCUUUUCGAUCCUGUAAAUUUGACAUAUGCUUAUCUCAAGAAUCUGUGAACACACUUAAAGGAUAUCUAGCAAAAAAUGGCCAUGUAUUACUGAUACAAGUUUUGCAGACAUGGUUUCAUAUCGAUGGAAAUGGAGAAAGUAAGAAAAAAGAUGAUGAUGAGGAUGAUGACACAGGAGUUGACUUUAAAGACAAGGUCAAUAGUUUUGAAGCAAAUCUUACUAAUACUAAUGAUAUAUUUUCCAAAUGCAACGGACACACGGAGUUUGAGUCAGCUGAUAAAGAGUUAAAGGAUCUGCAAGAUGCAAUCAAGGGUGUGCGAGAAUCAUUAGCUCCAAUCAAAUUAUAUAAAAUAGCAGCACCCGAUACAAACUUAGUAUGUGCAAAGACCGAUCAGUUUUGCAAUAUGCUGUGUGCUGGCUUCACAAAUUCUGAAGUCAGGCUGUGGGAUCUUGGACAGAAUAAUGUAAACAGAAGAGUGAACAAAAAUAUCUCCGAGUUUGAACUGGCGUGUAAUAUAGUUCCUUUGCCAGAAGACAUACCUGAUAAUACCAGGCAAAUUGGCACAGGUAUUGCGCUAAGAGGCCACUCGGGUCCCAUACAAGCAGUGAGCGUCCUUUCGAGGGAAGAAAUAGUUCUGUCUGCGUCACACGACAGCACCAUGCGAGCUUGGAGAGUGUCCGACUACUCUUGCGCCUCCGUUUAUAGAGGCCACAACUAUCCUAUUUGGUGUUUAGACGUGUCGAAGAAUGGAUUGUUUAUCGUAACGGGGUCGCACGACAGAACUGCAAAACUCUGGUCUCUGGAUCGCACCUUCCCAAUACGUGUUUUUGUCGGACAUGUGUCUGAUGUUACCUGUGUGAAGUUCCACCCUAAUGAAGCGUACAUAGCAACGGGCGGCGCCGAUCGCACGGUGCGUCUAUGGUCAGUGUGCGAGGCGCGACUCGUGCGGGUGCUGUGUGGACAUCGUGAACAACUGCGCUCCCUGGCCUUCUGUCCCACGGGCACACUGCUGGCCAGCGCCGGCGAUGACAAAAAAAUUAAGAUAUGGGAUCUCACAGCAUGUACUUGUAUACAUGAAUACAGAGGACACUACGGAAAAGUCACAUCACUGGACUGGUCUGCGGUGGGAAAACCCAGCUUAACCAACAGAAUCUCUUCAAACGUGAACGACAUGACGUCGGACAGUUCAAUUCUAUGCUCAGCAGGCAUGGAUGGCAUUGUCAAAGUUGUGUGGGAUAGUCAAUUUAAGAAUAAGUCAAGCUCAAAUCAAGAAAAUACAUCUACAUAUAAUACGAAGUGUUCUUACCUAGUAGAUAUUCAAGUGCAUCCAGACUGGAUGGUAGCGAUAGGGACUAAAAAGUAAUUUUUAAUAAUAAAAUGUUUAUUAAUA